AUGCACAUGAGAGACUAUUCCUUCUUUAAUGCCGAAAUGGAGACUUUUUACAACCAAAUCAGGCAUUUGAGCGAAAGGGGGAAGUGUGACCUCACACCGCCACUUCCUACCCCGCCUCUUCCUUUGUGCGCGCUUGGAAAGAGUUCCUUCGGCCCCUUCUGCGGCUGGAAAAGGUUGAGACUCCGCCAGCCUCUCGUUUUCGCAGCCGGCUCCUUCCCUCGUGCUUUUUGCAGCUCGUGGCUGAAGCCUGAGAGGCUCCCCAAGGAGAACAUCCUGGAUCUUUUGACCCUGCAGCAGUUCCUGACCGUCCUGCCCCCGGAGGUGCAGAGCUGGGUGCGAGAAUGCGGGGCAGAGACCAGGUCCCAGGCGGUGGCCGUGGAGGAAGGGUUCCUCUUGGGCCAGGCGGAGCAGGAAAAGCAGCAGGUACAAGGUCCAAUUCUGGUGGUUGAUUCUUCAGAAUCAAAAGAGGAUGUACCAGAAUCAAAAGAGGAUGCAUCAGAAACCUAUCAGGAGCUGCUCCUCGGGGGCAAAAGCCUGACUUGGGACCCCUUGCCUGGACCUGGACUGAGAUUGCAGCAGCUUUCUAAACCAAUAAGAACGCCCACCGUGCAGCCAGCUCAGGCUUCAUUUUCCUUUGAGGAGGUGGCCGUGUAUUUCUCCAAGGGGGAGUGGGCUCUGCUGGAUCCAGGCCAACAGGCUCUUUAUAAGGAAGUCAUGCUGGAGAAUUACGGGAUGGUCGCCUCUCUGGAAGGAGGGCAUUCCGUUCCCAAACCUGACCUGAUCACCUGGCUGGAAAACGGAAAAGAAGAGCCGUUUGUCCAAAACUUAAAGGAAGGGGAGAAAACGGCAGGAGAGAAACCAUACAAGUGCUUGGAAUGUGGAAAGAGCUUUGCUUGUGGCGAAUGCCUUCAAUCCCAUAAAGGAAUGCACAGAGGGGAGGAACCGCAUAAAUGCUUAGACUGUGGCAAAAGCUUUGCUUGGAGGACAUACCGGAGUAGGCCUAAGCUGCAGGAGAGUGAGAGGCCACGUCAGCCUUUGGAGUACGGAAAGCACUUCAACCCAAUUAGAACUCGUCUUUCACAUCAAAGAACCCGCUUGGAGGACUGAUGGUAUGAAAGGAUUCUGGAAAUAAGGAGGCAUAAUGAAUCACCCUAGCAACACCAUUAACUGCAAUCUUCUCUCUUUUGGCAUAAGAUUCUGUGGGAUUCAUUUGCCGAAUGAAUUCAUUUGCCGGGGUCAGGAGAUUGCUCCAUUCAGUGGUUCUGACUGGGACGUGUUCUCAAGAGUGCUUGUCAUAUUCUGAAAAAGGAAGAAAAUGUUUAAAGGGUUAAUUCACGAUUGUGGUUUUGCAAUAAAACUAGUACGUCGCAAACGCCCUGAUCACCUGGUUGAUCAAGCCUCCGCUCCCCACCCCCUGGUUUCUGUGGUUCACAGAGAUUCUCUUUUCUACUGAGGGUCAUUUCUGCAAGUUGGGGUCCAAAGUGCUGGUUCUGGAUGGAUUCUCCAAAUGCCCCAUACUCAGGGGGUGACUUUGUACACGCUUUCAUGCUGUCUUCAGGCUAAAUACACCAGUGCCUCUGGCUCCAACAGAAUGACCGCACUCUCUCUUUUUAAUCUAUUCUGAGACUUUUGGGGGUCAGAACAAAAGCUGUUGAUCCUGGCAUUGUUUGGUACCUGGGUCCUUCUCUCCACUCUUUAAAAUGCUGUCUCAUUUAAGAAAAUCGUCAGUAUUCUUACAAAUUCAUUGAUAUGCCCAAGGGAUGGGGAUUUUAAUGUCACGUGAUCAGUCAUUGUUCCUGCUUUCAGCCUGGGUUCCUUACACUUACGUUUUCCCUCCUUCUUUCAGCCUCCAUUCUCUUCCUCUGGCUGAGACAUUGCAAAUUAGAUCAGUGCAAUAGAAGUGCCAAACUGACACUGCUCAGUUCUAAAUAUUUAAUUCGAAGAGCCAACUUCUUGCAGUGCUUAUCCUAAGAGGCAGAAUGCCAUCUUGGGCACACUUAAUCAAAAGGGAAGCUUGCAAAGAACCUAGGCAGGUGUUAUCAGAGCAUCAGAUUUUGUUUCUUUUUAGACUGUGAGCCCCUUGAGGACAGCAUCUUAUUUUUUCUUGUAAAUGACUUUGCAAACAUUUGUGUUGACGAGCAUUAAUAGUUUGCUGCUGAACUCUCUAAAUAGUAAAUUAAUUCAUUUUAAGCAGCACCAACCUUUUGCAAAGCUGAAUCCUAUCUUAUUAUUUUAUUAUUAUUAUUAAUAAUACAGACAAACCUCGUUACUUGCUUGGAUUCUGUUCCUCGCCUACUACCACGAGUAACAAGGCAUUAUGCCUGUGGGAAAAGCGGGUUUAGGUUCCAAAAUGGACCAAAAAGCUGGAAAAAUUGCAAAAAAAGAAGAAAAUAAUUGAAACUGUUUACUAUACCGUGCUCCCAUGUUCUCAGGAAUGCCCCUAAAACUGAAAAAUUGUUGCUGUUUUUAAAGCCACAAAAUGGCUCCUCCUGACAAAAUGGCAGCUAGCAAUGACCUCCAUGGUCACUUCUGGCCCUCUAGGAACAGUGGAUACGUGGGUUUAACCCUCUAGUAUCCGUGGAUAAUGAAAAUGUGUGUCAAUUAGAAACCCCGCGAAUAGCGAGGUUCUACUGUAAUGUUUAUAUACGGCUUUUCAACAAAAUUCUCAAAGCUGUUUAUUUAAAAUAUUUAUACCCCACCCCUCCAGUGCACUACUGCUUGGGGCGGCUCACAACAUUACGGUUUGCAUAGCUGUCAUGGCUAUGCGUAGACAGGAAAUGGUUCCUUGUCCUCGUAAGUAAUAAUAAUAAUAAUAAGCUAAAGGACUCAUAAGCUAAAAAUAAACAGAAAGUAGGCCCUAGCAAUAGCCACUGGAGGGACAUUGUGCUGGACAUGAAUAGGAACAUAGAAAGCUGCCAUAUACUGAGUCAGACCAUUGGUCUAUCUAGCUCAGUAUUGUCUUCACAGACUGGCAGUGGCUUCUCCAAGGUUGCAGGCAGGAAUCUCUCUCCGCUCUAUCUUGGAGAAUCCAGAGAGGGCUACACAGAAGAGAACCACCACUUUAAAGGGUACCCCUUUGCCCAGUUCUAAAGUCCCACUGCCAGUCUGCCUCUGGUCAUGUGUGUUCUCUCUCUCUCCCCCUCCCCAUAUUCAACCCAUCAACCUUCAGGUAGAUGAGAUCAUCACGUAGAUAGGAACUUGUGCCCCAAGAUGAUGAGCCUGAGGAAGACAGGAACCAUACCCAGGACUCAUAGUGGUAGGGAGGAAAGUUGGCAACCAGGCAUGCAAAGGUCCUGGUACUGAGGGGCGUUGGAGUUGGUCUUGUAGUAGUAAGCAUGACUUGUCCCCUUAGCUAAGCAGGGUCUGCCCUGGUUGCAUAUGAAAGGGAGACUAGAAGUGUGAGCAUUGUAAGAGAUUCCCCCUAAGGGAUGGUGCCGCUCUGGGAAGAGCAGAAGGCUCCAAGUUCCCUCCCUGGAAUCCCCAAGGAAGGGCUGAGAGAGAUACCUGCCUGCAACCUUGGAGAAGCCGCUGCCACCCAGUCUGUGUGUAGACAAUUCUGAGCUAGAUGGACCAAGGGUCUGACUCCGUAUAUGGCAGCUUCCUAAAUUCCUAUGAGCAGAGCAACCCCACCCAAAAGGCAGCCAGAGCAACUCGUUGCCACUGACUGAAUUGCCACACCCAGAGCCCUGGCCACUUUGUGUCCUUCCUAGGUAGUGCUGCCUUGUGUUCUUGGCUCCCACCAGCCUCAAGACAACUCCCUAUUCAGCACCCCUACAGUAACUGUUCCUGGUGUCGUCCUUAUGUUUCUUUUUAGAUUGCGAGUCCCUUUAGCACAGGGAACUAUAUUAUUUUUAUUUUUAUUUUAUGUAAACUGCUUUGAGAACUUUUCCAUUGAAAAGUGGUAAAUAAUAAUAAUUAUUAAUACAGACCAUUGGCAUACAAACUCCCUGCCUUUUUCAACUGUGGGAAUUCUCCAUUCGGAAGCCCCCUUUCUUUGAGUCCUUCCAGACUGCAAAAAACUGCACAAAGGGAAAAGCUUUUGUGCAAGUUGGAAGCAAAAGCUUACUCAGUCUCCACACACUCCCUGCAGGCUGGCAUCUGAGCCUGUGCAGUGAUUCAAAUAUUGGAUUAGGACCAGGGAGACCCAAGUUCAAAUCCCCACUCAGCCAUGAAACUCCCUGGGUGACUCUGGGCAAGUCACAAUUGUGAGGAUAAAUAUAACCACCUACACCACUCUGGGCUCCUUGGAGGAAGAGUGGGAUAUAAAUGUCAUAAAUAAAAUAUCUUCUUUUCCAGUGGGAUCUCACAAACUGCUCCGAUGGCCGGCAGGCCCCUGCAUUAUUUCUAGAACUCCACCUGCCAGUCAACUCUUGUUUUCCUGGAAUAUUACACUCCUUCCCUCCUCUGCUUUGCUAAAAAAGUACUAAUGAAAAGGGUGUCUUGUUUUUGGAAAGCAAGAGAUAGCCAGUAGGUGGCGCUGUGGAAAUUGCACAAGGUCCCUGCCAGCUGUAUGAGCAGCCCCGUGAGAUGUUGCUGGGGGAUGGGGUGGAGAGACACAUGCCUGCAGGAGUGUGUGGAGGAGGCUGAGUGAGCUCUCGCUUCCAGCCUGCACACAAGAUCUUCAUGUCCCACAGGGGGGUUUUUCCUGUCUGGUUUGCACAGACUUAGAAAGUAGUACUACACACAUGUACACGUACAUGCUGUUGGACUCCCUGAGUUUAAGGAGCCAGCCUGACAGUCCUAUAACCUCCAUCCAACCUCAGGAAAAAACAUGGUGGAAAUAUGUGCUCUCUGUGCUCCAUAAUUUGCAGGGUGGGUUGGGGAAAUCUUGGAUUUUACAAUGUACCCUUUGAAAGUCAACUUUCUCCCCUAUCCUUGUGUUUUCCUUCUCCUUAAAUAGUAAUAAUAAUAGGUGGCCAUGCUGAUCCAUUAGAUACAAAGGCUGACAUCCUGACUAAGGCUGUACAUGUGCCAUGGGAAGAAAUGCCCUUGCUGUAGAAAGCUUCCUGACUAUUGAGCACCAGUGCUUGGGUAGGUGGGAAAUUUUGCCAAUGAAUCUCCCCUUCCCCUAGAAAUGCCUCGUGCCUCCUGAAAACCUGUCCAUGAGGGCUGCAUGACCCUUAGGGACAUAUUUUCAGGUGGUGCAGAGCAUUUCCAGGGGAAGGAGAGCUAUGCAAAACUCCUCCCACCCUUGUGCAAUUGCCGUAGCUGAGUUAGUAGAAGCCUUCCACGGCAGGGACACAUCUCAUGUAGCAUACAUGCAGCCUUAGACAGCAUGUUGGCUGAAGCCUUGAGCAGCAAGCUUUUGAGUUCUCCAGAACUCUUCAUCAGGCUCGUAGCGAAGCGAAGCGAAGGGAGGUGGCUAAUCAGGGCAUGGUUUCAUAGCUCCAAAGUCUGCAGCUUGUAAUAGGCUUAAAAUAGCAUACAGAAGUUUAUGAAUGUUAAAAGCUGCAGUACUGAGGAAUGGAACACCAUGUCUACUCUCCCUCCCACUCACCUUAUCUCUUUUUUCUGUUUAAUAUCCAGCCUGAUGAAGAAUUCUGCAAAACUCAAAGGUUUGCUGUUCAUGUCAUUUUGAUUGGUUCUAAUAAAGGUAUUAUCAAAUUGUGACUUUUGAAUCUUAAAUAACUAAAUGGUCUUUCUCAAGACCUAUAUUUAGAAGACAAACGCAGAAUAAAAUUGUGAACAUU